AUGAGUGACCGCGGGAAGGCGAGCUCCUCUUGUGGGCUUAGCAGAAUGAAGCUCGAUGAUCAGAAGGCCGGAAUGAAAGGCUUGGAUAAAGAAAAGAUCAACCAGAUUAUUCUCGAAGCGUCAAAGGGUUCGAAAUUUUACGAGAACGAAAGAAAGAAAGAAAAGCAGACAGAAGAGAGACUAAAGAGCUUGAAAGAGAGAUUGAGUAAGCUGACAGAUGGAGACAAGAAACGGGCAUUGAACAAAGUGGACAAGAUAAUUGAAGAGAUGGAAGAGAUGAGAGAUAUGAGCAGGACAAUUGUUCAUGUCGAUAUGGACAUGUUCUAUGCUGCUGUCGAGAUGAGGAACAAUCCUUUACUGAGGGACAAAUCAGUAACUGUUGGAGGAAACUCGAUGCUGAUAGACUGGUAA